GCCGAGCCUGCAAGUCCAUCAAAACUGAACAUCGCCAGCAGUCGGAGUGAGGGGAACAGGUUGAGAGGAGCUGGAGGCUUGUACAUUCAAAUAUUGUUGGUUGCAUAUUGUAACCGGUCACAACACGCAAGCUGGAAGGGCUCAGCGCAGCCUGGGUGCCCAGGGAUCCACUGCCUGAGUGUGGGGAGAGCUGCGGCCGAGACCCCGGAGACAUGAAUCACACCAAGGGCGGCCUGGUCAUCUUCACCGCAAACUCUCACCCCUCCAGCCGCGAGAUGGGCAAGAGGAUCGCAGAGCGGUUAGGGGUGGAGCUUGGCAAGGUGCAGGUGUACCAGGAAGCUAACAGAGAAACGAGGGUGCAGGUUCAAGAGUCGGUGCGAGGCAAAGAUGUCUUUGUGAUCCAGACGGUGUCCAAAGAUGUGAACACCACCAUCAUGGAGAUGCUGAUCUUGGUGUACGCAUGCAGGACAUCCUGUGCCAGAAGCAUCACAGGCGUCCUCCCCUACUUCCCCUACAGCAAGCAGUGCAAGAUGAGGAAGAGGGGCUCCAUCGUCACUAAGCUCAUCGCCUCCAUGAUGUGUAAAGCAGGUCUCACCCACCUGAUCACCAUGGACCUCCAUCAAAAAGAGAUUCAAGGCUUCUUCAACAUCCCUGUGGACAAUCUGAGAGCGUCCCCCUUCCUGCUGCAGUACAUCCAGGAGGAGAUUCCCGACUAUAGAAAUGCUGUAAUUGUUGCCAAAUCUCCAGCUUCUGCCAAAAGAGCUCAGUCAUUUGCUGAGCGGCUGCGUCUGGGUAUAGCAGUGAUCCACGGUGAAGCACAGGACGCAGAGUCGGAUCAGGUAGACGGACGUCACUCCCCACCAACCGUCAAGACCACUGGAGCCAUUCACCCCAGCAUGGACAUACCAUUGUUGAUCCCGAAAGAGAAGCCUCCAAUUACUGUGGUAGGCGAUGUAGGAGGACGCAUUGCAAUCAUAGUGGAUGACAUCAUCGAUGAUGUUGACAGUUUUGUUGCAGCAGCCGAAACUUUGAAGGAAAGAGGAGCCUAUAAGAUCUUCGUCAUGGCGACACAUGGCAUCCUCUCAUCUGAAGCUCCGAGAUUCAUAGAGGAGUCGGCUAUUGACGAGGUGGUGGUGACCAACACAAUACCCCACGAGCUCCAGAAGCUCCAGUGUCCCAAGAUAAAAACAGUGGACAUCAGCAUGAUCCUGUCGGAGGCCAUCCGCCGCAUACACAACGGCGAGUCCAUGUCCUACCUGUUCCGCAACAUAGGAGUGGAUGACUGACCAACCUGUCCAACAGAGACACACACACACACACACACACACACACACACACACACACACACACACACACACACACACACACACAAAAUCACACGUGCCAUUUGCGUAUUUAGAUCUCUUCAGAAACAUAAGUUUGAAUGUUAAACACUGAAGUUGCCACACACACACACACACACACACACACACACACACACACACACACACACACACACACACACACACACACACACACACACACACACACACACACACACAGUAUCAAAAGAUUCCAUAUCCAUAAUUUCAAUAUAAAUGCUAACUCUUUCCUUUGAGUGCAGCUUACCAUAGACUAUGACUGAAAAAUAAACACUUGCACAUAAACCUCUGCUCACUAGUCUCGUUACAUAGCUGUGACUGAACACACAGAUCUGAGUGUGGCUGCCCUCAUCUGCUGUCAAUUUAACUUUAUUGUACUGUUAUCGUUUUCUUUCUGUAUCGCCAUCUCAUCUGCAUAACAUGUUCUAUUUAUGUCUCCAUAGAAAAUAUUGUUUGCGUUAGCACAUGACGUUGUUUUUAGCACUGAAUGUCUCUUGAAGAACAGUCCAACUUCCUCAUCUUCACACGGGCAAUAUUCCUCUGACAUGGAAUCAGGUUGUGAAGCUCAAAUGCUGUUAUUAUUCAUAUAGAAUGUAUGAACCUGACCAUUUGUUAUCAUUUAACUUCUUUGGGUUGAUCAUUAACUGGAACUCAAAGAGUAGUACAGGUCUAGAUCGACUUUGGGACGUAUUUCAAAUCAAAAGAAAAUGUUCAUAUCAGCUACUGCUGGACAGCCGCUAACGUUAGUAUUCAACCAAUCCCUAGCUCACUUUAUCGUAGCUAUGUAUUCAUACUCCUCUUAUCCUGCUGUGUAAAAUAUCAAACUGUGAUAUAAUCUAGAACGUGACUGAACGCCAUGAUUUUCUGUUUUCAGAUGGAAGCUAAUGGAGCUAACAAUAAUGUGACAUUUUCUCUCGUAACAAAAUAUUUGAGUUUCCCAUCCUGAGCAUGAGGUCAGAAAAAAAUGGCUGCUGUGUUAAUAUGGUGAAUUUCUUAUAGUAACAGUAAGAGUGCCAGUGCCUUCUCCAGGACAUACAAUUCACAGGCCUUCACUGCUCCAAUACACAACCGUCUCAUAGCUAACAUAGCAGAGGAACAAUGCUCUCGUAUGAAUGUUCCCAGCUGAUUGUUUCAUAUAGACUUAUUGUAUUGCAUGUUUAACCCUCUGUCAUUUUCAUGUGCUUUCUGAACGUGCUACUUAAAACGUUAGUUGAGACUCCAGAUAGGUAGCCAUAUGUUUGAGUAAUAGCGGUAGCAUCAAGGACUCUUAAUUUGUUGUCAAAUUUAGUCGUUGCUCAAGACAGAUUUCUUGGUUCAUUUGGACAAUACAAAGACUUAUGGCAGUUCACUUGUGAAAUAUGUAUAAAUGUAACCCUGUGUGCCAUUUUUCAAAGACUGCUCAUAUUAGACGUUUGUUUAUGCCAGAAAUAAGUUGUUCCCUUUCAGCUAGAGGGCUCUGCUCUGAAGAAACCUAACGAAGUUAGCUUUUCAGCAUUUAGAUGCAGUUUUAGAAGGAUGUGGUUUACCCAAAUAAUUUAGAAAUUGGUAAAUUAAUCUUUUUUCAUAAGGUCAUUUUGUGAGAGACUGAAGUUUGCUUACACACAUUCUACCUGAGUUUCCUAAAAAAAUGAAGUUCCAAACUACAGCUGAAGCUGGACAAAUAAAAUGACCCUUUUUCUGAUGAGCAAAACUUGACUGAAGCAGGUCUUUGUCACUUUACAAGAUGUGUUUCAAAAUGUUUUGUAUUUAUUUUCGGCACUUAAAUGAAUAAAUACGACCUCUGAAAGUAAA